AUGAGGUUCCGAUUUCUAUAUGGAGGAGCGGAAGAGCACGAGGAGCCCUAUGAUGUCGGCGACGCGUGGACCGAUGCAGAAACGUUCGGCGGAGAUAUCUGCAGUCGGAAAUUAUUGCAGCGGCCGGUCUAUGGUGUAUCCAACGAGAUGGCGGAGCGAGAGAGUCUGAAAAGAACGAAGCUCGAUGGCGGGAUGCAACUUUGA